AGACACUGGAAUUCAGAUAAGAAUAUUUAGAAACAAAUUAAGUUUUGACCCAACUUUCAGCUGUUGGAUAUUUUCACUGACUUAAAGUUUAAAGCUGGAAAGGAAGGCUAAAGGGCUAGUGAAUUCAGAGACUCCCCUUUGACGGACGAUGGAGGGAUAUGGUUAUGAGCACUUUGGUGCAGAUGGAGCGAGGAAGAGCCCACAGGUGGAUUAUCGGAGAAUUGUGGGAGACACUCAGCUCCCACAUACCAAUGUUUCAUCCCGGGAAGGUGAACAUUAUGUCCGACAAACCUCCCAUGGCCAUGAAACUGCAGCCCAGCGAUACAGCGCCACACGCAUCCAGGCCGGUCUAGGCCCAGAGAGCAUGGCGGAUUUCUUAAUCAGUGGUGGUACAGGCUAUGUCCCUGAAGAUGGGCUCUCAGCUCAGCAGCUCUUCUCGAUCGGAGAUGGCCUUACAUACAACAGAUCUGACCAACCGUGCGUUGUCUCCGAUGGUCAUACGGCUGAAGAGCUAUGCUCUAAAGGAGAUGGGUUGACUUACAAUGAUUUCCUGAUUUUACCUGGCUUUAUCGACUUUACCUCAGAUGAAGUGGACCUGACCUCAGCGUUGACCAGGAAGAUCACAUUGAAGACCCCUCUCAUCUCCUCCCCCAUGGACACUGUCACAGAGUCAGCCAUGGCGAUUGCUAUGGCGCUAAUGGGAGGUAUUGGCAUCAUUCACCACAACUGCACACCAGAAUUCCAAGCCAAUGAGGUCCGCAAGGUCAAGGUUAUGAGGUUUGAGCAGGGAUUUAUCACUGACCCAGUUGUGAUGAGUCCUCGCCACACAGUUGGGGAUGUGUUUGAGGCCAAAGUAAGACAUGGCUUCUCUGGUAUUCCUGUCACAGAGACGGGCAAAAUGGGCAGCAAACUGGUGGGCAUCGUCACCUCCAGAGAUAUCGACUUCCUUUCUGAAAAAGACCACGGCAGACCUCUGGAGGAGGCCAUGACAAAGAGGGAGGAGUUGGUUGUGGCUCCAGCAGGUGUCACUCUGAAAGAAGCCAAUGAUAUUCUGCAGCGCAGUAAAAAAGGCAAGCUUCCCAUUGUAAAUAAUAACGACGAGCUGGUGGCCAUCAUUGCCAGGACCGAUCUGAAGAAGAACAGGGACUACCCACUGGCCUCCAAAGACUCGCGCAAACAGCUGCUGUGUGGCGCCGCCGUCGGCACCAGGGAGGAUGACAAAUACAGACUGGAUCUGUUAGUGCAGGCUGGGGUGGAUGUUGUCGUACUGGACUCUUCACAAGGCAACUCGGUGUAUCAGAUCAACAUGAUAAGUUAUAUUAAACAGAAGUAUCCAGAAUUGCAAGUGGUGGGUGGAAAUGUGGUUACAGCAGCCCAGGCCAAGAAUCUGAUCGAUGCUGGGGUCGAUGCUCUGAGAGUCGGCAUGGGCUGCGGCUCCAUCUGCAUCACACAGGAAGUCAUGGCAUGUGGGCGGCCCCAAGGGACCUCGGUGUACAAGGUGGCAGAGUACGCCAGGCGCUUCGGCGUGCCGGUCAUCGCUGACGGUGGCAUUCAGACCGUGGGCCAUGUGGUAAAGGCUCUGUCUCUUGGCGCAUCGACGGUUAUGAUGGGCUCGUUGCUAGCAGCAACCACUGAGGCUCCAGGAGAGUACUUCUUCUCAGAUGGUGUGCGGCUGAAAAAGUACCGUGGUAUGGGCUCCCUGGACGCUAUGGAGAAGAGCACCAGCAGCCAGAAACGCUAUUUUAGUGAGGGCGACAAGGUGAAGGUAGCCCAGGGUGUGUCAGGCUCGGUCCAGGACAAGGGCUCCAUCCAUAAGUUUGUACCUUACCUGAUUGCUGGUAUCCAGCACGGCUGCCAGGACAUCGGGGCAAAGAGUCUUUCUGUACUCCGUUCCAUGAUGUACUCUGGAGAGCUGAAGUUUGAAAAGAGGACCAUGUCUGCACAGGUUGAGGGAGGAGUUCAUGGACUCCACUCUUACGAGAAGCGGCUCUACUGAACGGGUGAAUGGAGUGCAGAUCAGCAGUGCACGCGACAUGCCUAAUCCAACAGUGACCAAAUAUUAAAUUGCCACUUCUGCUGAACAUGCACACCACUCACUACACCCUCUCUAUUCCCCCCUGCAUCAUAUUCCCCAUCAUUCUUUCUCUCUGAUCCAAGCCAGCUGCUUUGGGGAGAAGAGAGGCAUCGUAGCGAAGUGAUUAUCUCCAGACUGACACCCAACUCUCUGGAACACCUGGGAUUUUGCACUCAAGAAGCAGCGCAUCAGGGUUUUCAGAAUGACAUAUUUAUCUGUAUCUUGAGUAUGCAGUCGAUCCCACUUUUGCGUGUCAAUAGUAGCGAGAGAAUGAACUGUGUGUGUGUGUGUGUGUGUGUAUUUUAAAAGGACAACAAAAGUGAAGGUGCGCUAUGUUCAUUCUGUUAAUAUUAAGGAGUCUAAAGCAGCCGUGGUGCAGAUCCCAUCAGCAUCUUUUGGGGCUUUUUUGGGAUCCACGUUUACCAGCACGCUCGCCAUCAGAAGCAUCUCGCAUUCCAUUUCUUAAACACACUAGUAUAUACAUGCAUAAAAUAAGACAAAACACUCGUCUCUCAGCAGUGUAUCAUUCUCAAUCUUGCAUUGCAUUUUCAAGUCCUCACAGGCACAAGCAACUUAAUGAAUAGUAGCUGCUUAUCUUUCACCACUAUUGUAUUGUGGAUCCUGAGGUAUGAGGUAUUGGCUAUGGCGAUUAUCCUGUUGACUUUGUGUCCUCCAGUGUCACCUACAAUCAGUAGACUAAACCCAGACCCUCAGUCUGCACCGCUGUGGACAUUAAUUUUCCCUUUUCCCUUCGAAGACAUCUUGAGCCAAAUUAUCAGUCUCCCAUCUCAGUGCAUAGUGUUCAUGGAGCAUGGAAAGGACCAAAAGCUGAAGUGAAUCAAAAAUAGUUUGUGAUGAGAAGGACAAUUUCUCUGCCCGUAAUUUGAGUAAUUUUAGAUAAAACAAACUGUAUAUUAAACCUGUAUAGUGUUGAGGGCUUUGCAUUGAGUAUGAGCAAGUUUUUUUGAUAUGCAUGUUUGUUUUUUCACAAAGCCAAACAUGGCUGUAUUUAUAUUCUGCUUUAUUGUAAUUGCAUACGUACUGCCAAAUGUAUUCGCACUUCCUUGUGACACUUCUUUUGUAACUUCAAAACCAAAAUUAGCGCAACAAGUUGAUUCUUACCUUGUGAUUUGUCCAUUCCUGCGUUGUCAGUGUGGCAUAGGUUCUCUUUGAUAGGUUUAUUUUAUUUGUUUCGUUUUACCAGAGAUAUGCCUUGAAACGGGGAUUGAUUAAUUAAGGCUGCAGAUGAUAUAGCUCAGAGAAAAUGCGUUGUGCCACACACCCUCUCACAUCCUUUUCUUACUUUAGAAACAGUAUCACCAUGUUUAUUAUUAUUAUUAUUAUUCAGCUAUGUAGGCGUUUGUAACAUUUUCAUACUGGAUGUCCAUUUGGCCAGGUGUCUUUUUUCUUUUUCUUUUUUUUUAAUAAAAUGUCCCAGAUUGUGAGAGUUGAGUUGCUUUCUGUGAUGUGCUAAUAUAAUUUACCCUGCACAAGGUUCACUUGACUAACAAAUGCCUUGCAAUUGGACUAAUUCGCAAGAAAAUGUAUACCAAAAUAUAUAUACCUAUUUUCAGUUGGAAAUGACGGCUGCUUGUUUUCAGUUUCCCAUCUAAAGAGAGAGUUCAGUUUUCUAAAUUGUUUUUUUUUUUUUUGCAAAGUACUGAGUCAUGUUGGUGAUCUAAAAAGCACGAAUAUAGAAUUAAGUGAGAUAUUGGGUUUACAGGUUAUAAUGGUUUUCAACUUCAGUAUAUCACAUCAGCAAAGCCGCUGCCAGAAUACAGUGGUAGCAUCUUUUAUUAUCAACCAAAACAAUAAGUAAAAGCUUUUCAGAUGCACAAAAAAGACUCAGUAUUCAAUAAGUUCAUCAGGGGGUUUGAGAAAUAUCACUUUAAAACAUGUUUACAGUAAAACACUCAACAGAUGAAAGUUGCUUUUGCUGUUCAAUAUGGUGAAGAAUAAAUAAAUCAAACUGUU